CUCGCGAGCGCAUAUGACACGUUCUCGCUCGCGGCGGAGCAGCCGCGAGCCGUCCUGGGAUUUAAAUGCGUGUCAGUAGAAAUAAUCGCGUGAAACAUAACGCGCGAGUGGGCGUGAGUGACCGAUUAGGUCCAUAUGCGGUCCUACAAACGACGAUAGUCGUAUAGCAAUAUGCUGUUAUGUUGAAAAGAGUACCAAGUUGACAAAUUUCACCACAGAUAAUGUGAUUUUAUAAUAUUUUUAUCUUUCAAUAUAUUUUUGUACUGUCAAGAUGCACUUUUCUAUACCAGAUACUCAGGAAUUUAUAGAUAAGGCUGGGAACACAUAUGUUGGAUAUAAUAUUCAUAUCAAUGGAUUAUUUCAUUGUACUGCAAGAUACAAACAACUAUACAAUCUGCAUGUACAAUUGUCAAAGGACCUGGAUAUGUUGUUACCUAUAUUUCCUCCAAAGAAGUUCUUUCCUUUGACUGCUACACAGCAAGAGGAACGGCGACUGGCUUUGGAGAAAUAUAUUCAGUCCAUUGGUCAAAAUAUAGCCAUAAAUAACUCAGAAAUAUUAAAUGGAUUUUUAUUGAAUGCUCAACAAGAAAGUGCAAAUGAUCUGUCCGAGCAGGAAACUUUAGAUAUAUUUCUUUUGAGUGGAUCAAAAAUUUCAUUAAAUAUUUUACCAGAAGAGCAUUCUGGUAAAGUUUUAAAGAGGGUAUAUAAACAUAUAAAGUUAGCAGAAAAAUACCAUUUUCAUUUUGCAUUAUUUAUUAUUACACAAGAUGAGUUAUCCGGUAGCAUUGAAAUGAUGCGGAAAUUACAAAAUUUUGAAUCACCAUUUAUAACAUACAAAUAUAUGAGUUCUACGAGUACUACGCGAAUUGUCCUCAGAAAAAAUUACUGGGAUAUAGCAUAUGAUGUUGAGUUAUUGAAAGAUCCGGUAACGUUAAACUUACUGUACAUUCAAGCGGUUGCAGAAAUUCGCAGCGGUUGGAUUCCAGUUACCAAGGAGGCGCAACAUCAAUUGGAAAAUCUGCAAAAAUCUGAGAGUAGAAAAGAGUACCUGAAUGUAGUUCGUCUCUUGAAAUACUAUGGCUACAUACAAUUUGCACCAUGUUAUUGUGAUUAUCCUGAACGUAGCUCGAAAGUGUUACUUGCUAUAGGUGAAAAUGAAUUGAAUUUACGUGUAUUAUCGUCUGAAGAGCACGAAGUUGCGUUUAAAGUAUCACGAAUGCGAUGCUGGCGUAUAACUACUAUACAAAAUGGAACGGAUUAUCAUAAAGAUAAUAAUGAGUGCAGUUUGGAAUUAUCUUUCGAAUAUCUGAUUGCUAGGAAUGAAUUACAAUGGAUUACAAUUGUAUCCAAGCAAGCAAUUUUAAUGUCUGUUUGUCUGCAAACUAUGAUUGAUGAGUUGUUGCAGAAAUGUGUAGUUGGGAGUAAAACUCAGACGGAGUCUGGAAAAUCGUGGACGUAUAUUAUGAGAGAUGGCCAAAGUCGUACCAUCACAGGAUCGCCGCUGCAAGAAUGUGUGAAUAAUAAUCAUUCUAAAUCGGGACCAAUUAUAAAGAAACUUACUAACAAGUGGUCGGCUGUGAUAUCAAAAAAAUCAGAUGAUUCAAGAGGUGUUGACAAAACUCAAUCAACUGAUUUCGAUAUCGUGGAAAAUAAUGUUUUUCAUAUGAUAGGAGAUGACGAUUUAUGAGCCAAAUAAAUUUUUGAGAUUAUGAUGU